CUAUGAUUCUUGGAUAGGUCGUAGGUCUGGUUUGUGGAUAGAGCUUUAGAUUCGGUACAAAAUACUGACUCUAAUACACAUAAAUAGAGAGAGAGAGAGAGAGAGAUAGAGAGAGAGGGAGUAGGAUUAUGUAGAAAAUUGGCACUGGUAGGCUUUUGGCUUUUUGUGCUUUUGUCCAACGCCUAGUGAGAAAAAGCAAAUAGAAAACAGUAGAAGCAAGGAAUUCUUAUAAGAGCUACCUAAACCGCUCAAAAACCCCCCACCUCUGUCUUUCUGUCUCUCUCAUUUCUAUUUCUUUUUCUUACUUGAAAAGAUCUUUGGUUAAGUCUCUUUGGUCAAGUACAGUGUGGUUGGUUAAGUAUGGACAACCAAAGAAGUUCUCUUCUUGGCUGGGCUUAUUAUUGCCAAGGAAAGGUCAAAUUGUUUAUGGGAAUACUCUGAUUUGACAAAAAUGCAGAACAUGGAAGAAUUAAGGCAUUCACUUUUGUACACUAGUUUGGAGCUUGAGCAAACAAGGGUAACAGCACAAGAAGAGCUAAGAAAGAGAGAUGAUCAGUUGAUGCAUCUAAAAGAUCUGCUUAACAAAGCCAUAAGAGAAAGAGACGAUGCAGUGGAAAAAUGCCAAAGACUUUUGUUUGAGAAGCUUUUGUUUCAACAGCAGCAGCAGCAGCAGCAGCAACAACAACAACAACAAAAUGCUCCUCUUUCUGGAAUUUCAAGCAUUGAAGAUGAUCCCAGAAGAGCAAUUGACUCUAACAAUGGGUUUUCUUCAUCAGAUUGUGAAGAAAGCAUUGUUUCGUCUCCUGUUAUUGAUCCAAUUCCACAACCACCACAAUUGAUACCAAACACUGCUUCACCACCACCGUCAUCUAUAGAAAUGAUGCCUCAAAAGCCUUUACCUGAAAAGGGAAAGCUUUUACAGGCAGUAAUGAAAGCUGGGCCUCUUUUACAAACUCUUCUUCUAGCUGGACCACUUCCUCAAUGGAGACACCCACCACCGCCACUCGAGUCUUUUGAGAUCCCACCAGUUACGAUCCCUUCACCACCGCCACCGCAACCGCCACAGCUCCUCCGUCAAGACUCUUUACUAAACAUUAAUGGUUGCAAUAAGAAAAGAUUACUCUCUAAUGGCUCUGACUCUCCUACGGAGACCAAGCAUCAAAGAAUACUUCUUCAUUGACAACUAAAACAACAUAAUUUUAUAAAUAUUAUAUAUCAAAAUUUUUAAAUACCACUAAAAAGCUAGUGAGGAAAUUGAAUUUGGAGUGAUGGGUAUGUUGAUGACUGAUCUUGAUCUAGCAUUUUUGUACAGAAGGUUUGUUUUAGAGAAAGAGAAGCUUCAAGUGAGCUUUAGCUCACUGGUCUUCAAAAUUGUGAAGUCCCAAGUCUAAUUUACCAAAAAGAAAAUUAAAGACAAGGGAAGCUAUUCCAAGUUGACUGAAGUGGAGAGAAAGAAAGUUAGAUGAUGGGGUUGUUCUUGGCUUUUUUUGUGCCAGUUUCUUGGGUGAAGAUUUUCGUCUUUUACAUUUUGUUAGUUUUUGCUAAAAUGAUAUGUGAAAUGGAGAAUGGUUUCUCCAAAAUUGCUGUGGCAUGUAAAAUUGUAACUUUAGGAGGGGUUUAGUUUACUAAUAGUUAGUGAGUAAGCUUGAGAAUGGCAAGAAAAGACUAGAAAAAUUUCAGAUGAUUUGGAAUUGGGUGUGAAGUUGUUGGGACUGGAAGAUGGGUAAGGCCAACAACCAUAAGGUCUCAUAGACCUGCUUGUCGGGUUUAGUGGAUCCCACAAAUCAGAAUCAGGAUCUACUACCGUUGUGAUGUAUGAUUAUAUUACUCCUUUUUUUGAGGGCAACUAUAUGAUUAUAUAAGUGCUAAUCUUUUGUUUUCUUUUAAUUUAUUUUUAUUUUAUUUUUA